AACAAAAAACACAUGAGUGAAUAGUUGAAUAAAUAGAAUCGUUGAAAAAAAAUCAUAAGCUACUUAAUUAUUAAAUACCACAGUAAAACAAUAAUUCCAAAGCCAUUUGAAAUAUAUAAACUGUUUUAAAAUCAAUAUGCAUACGUUUUUUAUUGGAUCCAUACAAAAUAUUAUAUACUGCACGGAAAAUAUAUUUCACACUUCUAAUAUUACCAACUAUAAUAUUAAUUUCAUUGGAUUCAGUUCAAAAUCGACCUACAUUAGAAUAACGAACAGAACCGUACAUAUAAACAUAUGGCUAAAUCAAAUAAAUAUAUUUUAUGUACGGUAUGUUUUCAAUUUAUUAAUUUUGGUUUAUUAUAUUUUGAUAAUGAUUUGAAUACUUCGAAAGAAUUUAGGAAAUGUUGUAUGGGCAAAUAUAAACUCACCCGAAAUUACCUUUAUGGCUUUAAGAAUAUAAAUACCAGCUGAAAAUAUCGGGUAAUAAAAAGGUCAACUAUAUAAAUUCAUCCCUGAUAGGUAGUAUUUACCGAUACAAAUAUGUGUAGUAAUGAAUACAACCAAGUUCAGUCUAAAGACCACGGUAAACAAUUAUCUUAUCGUCUAAAAAUAAUUUAAAUAUGGCUGGAAAUCAAGCUUAUAAAAAAAACAAAAAUAGCAGACUAUAAAUUAUAAAGAUGAACAUGUGUAAAAAAAACACUGAUUUAUAUUUAAAAAAUAUAAAAUAUUAGGUAACUACUAUUUUGAAAUCGAAAAAAUUUAAUUGUUUAUAGAGCAUGUACCUACAAUGAACUCUACUAGGAACAUCCAUAAAAUGUAAUAAAACAAAAAAGAUUUAAAAGUGUGAAUCUAUUACUCGUCGGGGUAUCGCGGUCGUCUUGAUAAUAUUAAAUGAUUCUUAAUAAAACCAAUCUAUGUAACCAUCAAAAAGUUAGCAGCACUCAAUACAUGAAACCUAUACCUAAAAUUAAAAAUGUAGGGCCAGUGACAGUUCAAAUUUCCAAUAUGUACAUCCCUCCCCCCCCCCAAAAAAAAAAAAAAAUAAAACUACUGUCUAAUAGUUGCACAAUUUUCGUACCCCACCCCCCUCCUACAUUGAUUCUCCAUGGUCGCGCCGAUUAUUUUUCGUGUGGUUAUACUACAUAUCAUAUUAUGUAUGUCGUUGUGUUGUGAAAUUCGAUUUGAUCGUCGACACUAGUUGUAAAGCGACCGUGCAGUAUAAUAAUAAUAAUAAUAUAUACAAAUUGUAUAGUAAUAUUAUAAUAACACCACUUCGUAGACGAUGUUAUAUUACCGUUAGAAAACAACGCGUCGAAUUUAAUUUUGACACCGUCGUGGAGUAUAUUGUGUACUUAACGAGAAUACGAGAGGUUAGGUUUUAUUACGUUUUGUUACGUUUGAGAGAGAGUCUCGAAGACGUAUGAAUUCGCGAGCUAAGAAACGCUUUCAGCACACACCCCGCCGACCCGAGUACACGACUCACACACACUGCAUAAUAUUAUACAGAGUGAAUGAUAUUUAAAUAGCCACACUCGUUUUCUAAUUUAAUGUGUGCAUAUUUUUUGAGAAAAAAAAUUUGUUUAUACGGAGUAUAAUAAUUCUGGUUCUGUGAUUUAAAAAUUAAAAAUAUUGCCAGGGUGUAAUUUUUAAAAAAGAAUUAUACAAAACCCGUAAAAUAUUAUGUAUUUUUUUUAGCGUGGUGUUAUAUUCAGAGCAGGCUACAGUCGUAUAAACUUCAAACUAAAUUUUUUUUCAAAAACUCAAAAGUCGUAUCUAACCAGCAUUCAAAAUUCAAAUAGAUAACCCAUCUGUGUAAGUACUUGGAUUUUUAGUGCCUAGUGUCUGGUAGACAAUGAAAUAAUCUGAGUCUGACUUACGGAUCAAUAAAGUAUAUCAUGGCCGACCCGGAGAGAACCAGAUUGGUAGUGCUCGGUGAUGCUGGCGUUGGGAAGAGUGCAAUUUGCAAACGGUUUUUAUACAACUCGUUUUGCUCCAAGUAUAAGACGACCGUAGAGGACCUUUACACAAAAGAAUUCAGCCUCGGCACAGCCCAACAUUUCAAAGUGGACAUCUUGGACACGUGCGGCAAUCCUCAGUUUCCGGCCAUGCGGCGGUUGAGCAUAGCCAAUGCAAACGCUUUCCUGUUCGUCUAUUCGAUCGACUGCGAACGGUCUUUUGAGACGGUCAAGCGAAACUUCGAGGAAGUCCGCGAGCAGCGUGAGGACUACCAGGUGCUGCCAAUCGUGGUGGCCGGAAACAAACUUGACCUGCCCGCCGAUCAUAGACGCGUCACCGUGGAAGACGCUUCCGAAUGGCUGUACUGUGAACUUCCGAAAAUGAGGGUCAAGUUGAUCGAGUGCUCGGCCAAGGACAACGUGAACGUGCGCGAUCUGUUCAAGUGCUUGCUGGUGCUGUCCCGGAAGAUGAACGGCCCGGAAGACCAGGCGGCGUGCCCGCUGAAGCGCCGGUCCAGCGCGUACGUCAGCCACACCAAGUCGUCGAGGCGCGCCGCGGAGAACGCGGGAGGAGCCGCCACGACUUCCGGUCCAGCGGGCGGCGCUUCCGGUCACGGCCGCGACGAGCACCAGCUCCAGCAGCAACAGCAGCAGCAGCAACAAGAACGGGCGAAACCGCGCAGCCGCAGCCUGAUCAGACGGUGCAGCCGGAAGGCCAAACAACAGAUCAGGGACACGACCACCGGUGGAGGUGGCGCUGGGGGUAACGGCGGCGGCGUGGACGACUGCAACGUCAGCUAAAUUCUGCUCGCAUAAUAAUGAUUUAAAUAUUUAAUAUACAUACACGAUAUACCUACCUACAUAAUAACGAUAAUAAUAUAGUUUCAUAAGUUGUCCGACGACAAAAACAAAAUAUUCACACUCGUACUACCUACACAACAUUCGUCAUGAUUUUUGUCAUUUUAGACGCAUUACAAUUAUUAUAGUAUUAUACCGCGUGUACUACCCAUCAUACUAAAAUAUUAUUGUACAAAUAAUAUUUAAUUGUAUUGUUUUGUGAAUUUUUAACCCCCCCCCCCCCACACACACACACACACACACUCACAAAAAAAUCGGUCCCGACGUUUUAUUAUUUUUCGUUUGCUUUAACCACGUGUAAUAGCCAUCGGCUAGUUAUUUUUCGGUUAUUUUUCCUUCUGUUUCAUUACCUAGUAUACAACUGCAACCACUGUCCUUUAAACAUUGAUUAACGUUUUGUUCGUUUUGGGUGUGCUCAAAUAAUAAAAAUUAUUAUUAUAUGCGUCGUUGACGUGCCUCGUGAAGCUACGGGGUACCUACCUAUGUAUACCAUAAUAUUAUAUAGGUACUACAGCAUUAUAUGAUAAUACAAUAAUAAUAUUAAGAAAACGUCUCUUGAGCGGUAUUACAACGCAUUUGCGACGAAAUAUCAAGAACAAUUUUCAAGUUUCACAUCCCCCUCACACAUUUUGUAUAAUAUUAAUAUAAUAUAAUAUAACAUGCACACUCUGUAUAUAAUAUGUGUCGUUAAUAAUUCGUGUCUAUCAGUCCAAUGUAGCCGACACUGGAACGACAAAUUCAAUUUUUUAUUUCUAUAUUACAUUAUUAUAUUUCUUGCACCAGGCGUGGGUACUUUUAACAGUGCCGAUAUACCUACUUGUAUUUAAUUAUAUCAUAGUUAACUUAUGUACUUUAUUCUUAUGCUCCCGUCGGCGUCGGAUCAUAUGUAGGUAUUAAAAUAGUUUUGAGUAAUAUUAUAACCACUGUCCUUAUAAAGUAUACACCCAUAUAACUAAAACAGUAUACUAAAUUAUAUUAUUAUGCCGUCAUGAUAUUUGAGUAAAUUCAACAUGUUUUAAAUUUGAUUAAAAAUUAAUUUAAUCAUUAUUCUAAUAAUAAUUUUAUUUUUUUUACACUGUAUUAAUUAUUUGUUUUUCUGUUUAGAAAACGCCAUAAACGUACAAAUUAAAUUUUGGUUAUAUUAUGUUAUGUUCGGUUUUACGAUUCGUAUUGACUGGAAAGUAAUUAUCAUAUUAUUAUUAUUUAUUUAUAGGUGAUAGGUUUCAAACGACGUUAUGAUUUUUGGGAAACAGUUUACAUUAAUUAUCAAAACCACUGGUUUCGACCGCGUUUAAAAUGUAAAUAUAUUAAUUAAUAAAUCAUUUUUACAUAAUUAACAUUAUUAUUUUAUUUUAAUGUUCAGUGUGUUUUGUUACGAAUUAUUUAAUCUAAUAAACACGUUUUAAAUAUACAAUUGACGGUGAUCAGAUGAUUUUUAUUACACCGGUUAUCGUCUUUAUUUCGUGUAAAUAUUUUAUUAAUUUGAAUAUUUAAUACGCUAACCUGUAAUCUCUGAUUUCACUGGUACAAGAUCUAUGAUUUAAACAAUAAACGUGAUAAAUUGUAGUAAACUCGUUAAUUUAUGUGCCAUUGAUUUCCAAGUGCUUCCAUAAGCGUAUUGUUCAAAUAGUCAACCUAUGUAGGUACGAUAAAAGAAUGUCUAAACAUACAAUAAUAAUAAUGUAUUAGUAAUUUAAUUAAAUAACAAACCAACAUAAUAUUAUAAUGUUAAAUUUCAGACACAUAAAAAUACAUACUUUUUUUUCAUGCUUGCAAUUAAAAUAUUUAUCUUAAUUUGUUCACGAAGCGUUUCCAAAAAGAAAUGUGUACUCUAAAAGCACCUAAAACUACACGAUACCUAUACUACUAAACUAUACGCAAUGUAUUUAUUCGUCCAAGUUAUUGAUUACUAUUAUUAUUCUCAUUCUAUAUUCGAUGUUACUAAAUACAUUUUAACAACUUAGAUAACCUUACCAUUCGACUAAAUAUAUUAUUAUUUAUUUACAGUUUUCAAAUAUGAGCAAGCACUUACUUCAUAAAAUAGUAAUAGUGACCUACAUAAAGUACCCAUGAUUAACAAUGUAUAAAACGAAAAUAGCUGAAUUUAUCUAGACAAAAACAUCCGUGAAAAGAAGUCUCAAAUAAAAGGUCAUAUCUAUAAUUAAUUGUAAUAUUAAUAAUGUAUAUUAUUAUGUUUAAUAUCACCAUUAAUGCCUAUGUACAUAAUAUUAAUUUGUUACUCAACCAUGUCGUUUGAUAUUUUGUUGAAUAAUAAUAUUAUAAUCUAACAGUGCAGCUAAAUUAUAAGAUAAUGACGUGUAAUAAUAAUAUGUGCAUCUUCGUUGCAUAUUUUGUAUAAUUAUAUAUCUAUAUACUUACUAGGUAAGAAGGUAUUGAAAAAAUAAAAUACGAUAAAAUAACUGUUUGUAAAUGUCCGUUUAAAGUGUCGACGGGAUAGCGGGUUAUGGGUUCUCGAAUACCGCCUGCGAGCGACUUCCAAUAUAAUAUAAUAAAAACCGAAAACAUGAAAAAUAUUAUUUGUUAUUUCUCAUUUUUCAAACAUAAAAUAGGUAUGUCAAAAUAUAGUGUCAUAGUUAUAUCCCCGUAAGUGGCAUUCGUUGAGUGAAAAUUAAUUUAGUCCAAUCGGGAAUAAGCAGGGAUAAUAAUAAAUAAUUACGUAUUUUUUUUCUAUGGAUGUUUUCACAAUGCUGUAAAAAAAAAAUUACAUUCAUUAAAAAUAAAAAUAUUAUCACACUUAUGACAUACAUUUUAAACCAUAAAAGUUGAUGGAAGCCGCUGGCGAUAUUAGUUUAUUAGUGAAUAUAAUUGUUAAAACAUGACAUGAUUUCCAUGUUUUUAAUAAUCAAUUCAGUUAAUGGCUUUAACAUACUAUAAUAUGUUCCCUAGAUAGAAAAAGUUCGAUUUUAUUAUGGUCUUGUACAGUUCAUUUUAAUUGAACGAAACUAAUUAAAUGUUUACAAUGAUUUUUCCAUUAAUUCGAAUUUAAAAUAAUAAAAAAAAUCCAGUGAACAACACUGCUUUCAUGUCACUUUAAUUUGUAUAAUUUUAAUCAGGCUAUGGUGCAACUAAUAAAUACAAUAGUUUAUUAUUGUUUUCAUUUUUUUUUUUACAACAUUCUUCAACAAUUUUCAAGAGCAUAUAUUAUUUUUUUUUUUUACUAAAAUCGAUUGUAUAACUUUUUUUAUUUUAGACCAAUUUUCAACGAAAUGAAUGAUUACUUAUUAACUCCCUAUAUUAUAAAUUAUAAUAAAUAACUGAAUCCGUUAAUGAUUACAUUUAAGGGACCAGUAGAAAUUGGUAGUUUUAUCCUAUAUGUCGUUCUACUGACAUUUAUUUUACAUUUAUACCUAAUAAUUUAAAGUUAGUUAUAUUCAUAUACAUUUAUAAUACACAGUAAGGGAAUAACAAUGUUAAAGUUAAAAAGAUACAUAUUUAUAUAUACAUAUACAUAUUACAUACUAGAUAAUAUAUACACAUAAAUACAUAAUACAUAUUAAGGGUUUCAAAAAAAAACAUAAUAAUUUAAAAUUAAUGGAUUAACCCUAUCCAUACCAUAAAAAUUUAUUGUAAUAAUAAGAAAUUGUAAUAAAUAAAAUUAAGAAAUAAAAAUUGUUUCUAAAUUAUUAUUAAUUAAAAACUCAUACUAUAAAAUAAAAAAAAAACAUCUAAUGAAUAAUCUUUAAUGUAUCGUCAUCGGGUGUGAAGUUUUUUUGAAGUUAUGAAUCUUUCUCUUGUAUGAAAUUUAUGGGCGUAUUGCGUUUAAAACACUAGUAAAUUUGAGGAAAUAUGCACUCUAAAUGUUGUGUUCAUAAAUAAAACACCAAAUCAGUUAAUGUUUAAGAUAACCAUAAUGUACCUUCUAAGUUUAUUUCAAAGUUUCCGACUACAUUAAACUAUUAUAGCAUACCGUAUUUAAAGUUUCAUAUUCAUAAAACAUUUAAGUCAGUUUAAUUUAAAACAGAACUUAAACAAAUAAUUUCUGUAAUUGAAUAAUUAACAAAAAAUUUUAUUUCUUUUACUCUAUAACAAUAUGCAUUAUGUAUGACAAUAUACAAGGUGAUCAAUUUAUGCGUCCACACUCAUUAUUUAUUUGUUAUUUUCCAUUUUCAUCGUUAUUACUUUUCUGUGUUUUUAUACUUUUUUUAAUAUACACACUUUUUCAAUUUCAUAUGUCAAAGUAGAAUAUAUUUAGUUGAAGUGUUUUGAUACAUACAAAUCGAUUUUUUAACGAAUAGUUAUUUAUUUAUAUGUAUGCAAGUUUUUUAUGAGCGGAGUAUAGUGGCCAGCUGGGUAUAGCACCAAUAUUGAUCCACUACACUGAUCGUUUAAAUAGGUACUUUAAAUACUUAUAACUAAUUAACUUCUCGUUAAUAGUUUGAUUUGUAUAUAUCAAAGGACUCUGAAAAAAAUUCCGCUUCAGAAUAUUAAAUCAACAUUGUGUGUCGUCAUUAAAAUAAGUAAAAACUUAAAAAUAACAUAUAUUUAUUUUUUAAAUGUUGUUUUACAGCGACACAUAAUAAGUAAUAAUUAUGAAAAAAGUUAAAACAUUUAGAAAUAAUGAAUGUUAACCUUAAAUGAAUCAUCUUGUAUAAUUAUUUUCAAAAAACCUUGGAGCAUGUUUGACUUUCAUCCAUUAAUAAAAAAAAUAGUUAAAUAUUUUACGAUUUAAAUACUGCAUACAAAAAUAUAAAUUAUUGUAACUAGAUGAACAUGUUUUUGUUUUGUAAGAAUACCAAUUUUUUCUUUCAAUUUAUCAUAUCAACUGAUAAACGAAUAAAGGACAUAUCGAAUGUCCAUGUGAUAUUUCACAAUAACCCGGGCAAAAAAAAAUUGACUGAUGGCGAUCAUGUAUUUAUUUUUAUUUUUUAGUAUAGGUUACAAUAAUUUUUUUUAUUAAUUCUUUUGUUCGGGAGGGAGCAUCAAAUUCACCAUCAAUAUAAUUUAAGUAAUAUAAUAUUUAAAUUUCCAAAUUUAAUUUCAAUAUUCACCUUAAAGAAAAAAUCAAAUAAAUGUAUGUACUUUGACGAUGUUUGAGGUAUAAUUUUCCCCAUUGAUAAGUGAUUAAAUAACUAGGAACAGGGUGCGAUGAAAAAUGUGUAGCGCCCCUCGAAAAAAGUAAAUAAAAUCGUAUGAAAUCACUUUAGUUUACGCCGUUCGUAAUAAAACUAAAACGGAAAAACUACAACUAAUUUAAAACUCAACAAUGAUGAUUAUCUAGCAUCCAUAUUAUGUAUGUUAUCAUAUCACAAAAGAACAAUUAAAUAUAUAUAUAUGUAUUAUACGUAUAAUUAUAAUUUUUAAUAACUUAAUUAUUGUAUACAUAAUUAUAUUAUAACGUUUUAUAGUGUAAGUAUAUUGGUUUUUAA